AGUUUCUGAUUUUGAUGAUGAUGAUGAGUGUGUUGUGUUUUGUUUGGAGUUAAUUAUUAUGGCUUAUCAUUUUCUUGACUUGAAAGUUAAUUUAUUUUAGUUUCCGUGAAUGUUUUUCAUUAUUUGUAUGAGAAGCUAUAAAAUAUUUUCAUUUAUUAAUUCUUUUAAAUGGACUUUACAGCAUGUGCAAACGUUGAUGUGACACACAUAACCAACAACUUUAUCAUGAGCCUAAUUGAAAGCUCAAGCCUAAUUAUAAAAUAUUCAUCUAUUAACUCAUCUGUAGAUAAUUUCAAUAUCAAAAGGAAUCAGUGGCUCUGUCAACAGUCUUUAUAAUUAUUUAUAUAAUGUGAUAGUUGUAAAGUUUGAACGUCAUGAAUCAAGUUUCAAAUGUAAACGGAAUUUCUGACGGCAGUAGUGAAAUUUCAAUAGUUGACCGCAAACCUAUUAUUACAUAUGCUGGCGACAAAGACCUGUUCCUGACCCUUGAGCCAACACUGGUGUCGUCACUGCCGCAAGAGCCGACGGAAUGGAGACGCGCCUACGGCAGAGCAGUCAAGUCAGUGCAUGUGGCUGCUUCAUUUGUGCCAUUCAGCAAGGAGGUCAUUCCUGGCGAGGGAGACUAUUGUCUCAUUCAGCAGCCUGUCUUCCACACAUAUUGGACUCAGUGUUCGGAUGUGGAUACGUACAAGGCGACGUUGCGAGAUGACAUCGAUUCAUGGAUGAAAACACUGGGCAGAUACAAGAUCACCGAUUGGAUGAUAGUCGUUGUAGAGACCUACGAUUUCAGGAAAACCAACAAACUCCUACCAAGAACCACCGUUUUGGAUAAGAUUAAAAACGACUUCGGAACGAAACAUGCUGACAGGUGUUUAUCAGUCAUAAAUCCAUUGAAAUCGGAGUCCAGGUCAGCCGGCUCAUGGCGAGGGCUUAUGGUGAACAUGAGACUGUUGCUGUUGGCAGCCUAUGACAAGACAUUACUACGCUUCGAAGAAGUGAUAAGGGAGCAGCGUGAGAAGCGGAACCAACCGGGAUGGAGCUUCUGCAAAUAUUUCCUCCUACAGGAGGAACUGGCGUUUGUUCUUGAAAUGUUGGGAAUUUAUGAUGAAGCGUUAGUGCAAUACGAUGAGUUGGAUGCACUGUUCACUCAGUUUGUGCUCAAUUCGAAUUUCGGAGAUAUUCCAGAGUGGUUGGCAGGCUUCCAAGGUCCCCUACAGAGCUGGCCUGGUCUAACUUUGAAACAUAAAGUCAAUAAUGAGCUCAGGUCGUUGAUACAAAAGAAUAAAAUCUCUCUUCUACAGUUUCGAAGUUAUUUGUUUUCAAGACAGUGCUCAAUGCUUCUUUUCUCUUUCAAACCGUGGGAGGUGGCACAGAGAACCCUUCAGUUCCUGCACAACUGCAUAAACGAGUUGAACAUCCUGGAGGUGACUCGGCCGCCGGGUGCUGUGGCCUGCUGGGUGUUCCUCUGCUGUCGCGAAGUGCUGCAGACCUGCGAAAAGUUCAACGAUAGUGGGCAGAUCGAGGCCUACAGUCUCUACACGGCUGCUCUCUGGGCAUAUGCUCGCGACAAGUUGAACGAGCUAGGCGAGCUGUGUGGCCUGAUGCCUGGCUGUGAGCCGAGCAGUUCGCAACUGCACACAGUGGUGCUGCUAUCUGCCGGCAUCGGAGACACCCCCGCCACGCACCCUGCCGCACCCUCGCCCACUGACCACCUCAAGCAGGCGCUCUCCUCCAAGGAUGCCUUCCGCAAACAAUACUUGGAACUGUCUGAACUGGCAAUGGGCACGUACAAGCACAUUGGGCGCACGCGAUCGGCCAAUCUGAUUGGGCGCGAACUGUCCGCCUUCCACUGGCGCCUGGGUGACCUGACCGCGGCCGCCACCUUCCUAGUCAUCGCACUGCGCUGCUACCAGGACGACAACUGGCCGCAGCUAGUGGCGCACACCCGUCUGCAGCUGGCCGACUGCUAUCGGCAGAUGCCCGAUCACGAGAGGUUAACCAAAAUGUGUUGUUGCAUUGCAAGUUCGAAAAAUCUUGAUGAAUCUGUAAGGUUAUCCCAUUUCGAAGAAGCUCAAUCAACUCUCAGGGAAGUGAAACCAGAUCCGCACUGGUUGGCUGACCUGGGAGACAGUUUCAGUCUAGUCAGCGUGGGUGUUCAGGUGGUGGAGGAGGCCCUAUCAAUAGACGCCUCCCUGGAGGUGGUGAGCAGUCUGCCGGCAGCGGUUGUGUGCAGCCGCAUCGCGCUAUCGGUAGAGCCGCUCACCGCGGUUCCGCCUCCCGCGCGCAAACACAGUAAAGCGACAGAGCGGCAAAAUGGUGCGGCAACCGCGAAGCAGAACAAGAGUGAACUGGAUCGCUGCGAUAAGCAGCUGGUCAAGGGAAACCGUGAGGAUGUGAGGCCUGUUAAUCCGCUGUUGACAAGGCUGAACAUCACUGAGAGGCUGGACUUGCAGGAGGACAAGAGUCUAGCAGCUGCCAAUGUUGUCUGUAAAAACUCAAAACAAUGUUUAAGGAGACAGGAUAGUCAAGGAAGGUGCCGUAAACCUUCAACAGUCAACCGUGGAGAUUUCUCUCGGACAAUCUCUGCAGAAAAUAUUACGCUUCAACCUGGUCACAACAAUGUCUCUCUCAAAGCCAAGGCGCAGGAAGUUGGCUACUUCCGCCUGUCACAGCUGAGCUUGCUGUUGGAGGGAGGUGGCCUUGAGUUCGUGUCACCGCCCAUCUCACCCCGCCUGUGCUACCAGGUGACAGGCGCCGCCCCCUCAGUCACCAUCCACAGCAGCGAGGCGCUCGUAGCAGGGCCCAAGCACAGCAUCACGCUCAUCAUCAACACCGCCUCCUAUGUGCUGCAAGAGAAGAGUAGUAUCUUCCUGCGUUCGACAGCCGGCUCAACUCUGCAGUGGAAGGAGAGCGACUCGGCAAUGGAAAGGCAUCUGGAAAUCCCUCUUCCAGCCUUUCAACCGUUCUCGACGCUCACCUUCCCGCUCAUAGUGCAAGCUCAUCUUCCGCCUCAGAAAGUCAACAACAGCAUCGAGCACAUUAUAAGCGUGCGCUGUCCAUGGGGCGAGGAAGAGAAGCAGAUCCCGCUGCAGUUCCAGCCGCCGCUGACGUCAGUCUGCCGUCUGCACACGGCCUGCAUGCACAAGUUCCUGCACGUCUGCAUCACAGGCCUCAACUCGCAGCCCCUCCACCUCACUCGCCCCACCCUCACGAUCGUGUCGCAUCCACACGUGCGUCUCGAGUCGCUCAUACCUGCCCAGCCGCAGUCUAUUGUGUUAGCUUCCGAGCAAAAGAUCGGUUUCAUGUGGGAAUUGGAUCCGAAUUGCUUUGAGGACACGCCUCCUUUGAAAACGGAAUUCUCAGUCAGCUACAGCACUUCAUCCGAGGAGUCUGCCGAAACCAAUGUCUACAAAUGUCCGUUUGACAUCAUCAACUACAAGACGCUGUUCGUGGUGGAGUCGCGAGUGGAGCCGACCAAAGGCAACGAGUUCUGUCGCGCUAGCACGCUGUGUCACCUUCAGCUGGCAGUACAGCGAGUGAACGCCAGUGCCGACACCAGCCUCAUGUACGAGGUGCUUGCCGAUCAGACCAUGUGGGCUGUGUGCGGGCGUACUGCAGGUGUUAUAACCCUGGAAACAGGCGAACGGGAUCGACAUAGUGUUAUGCUGGAUGUAAUGCCCCUAAUCAACGGAUAUUUGCCACUGCCUCUAGUUCGCCUCUCCAAAUACAUUCCAGCUGAUGCUAAACUCUCUAAUAAAACAAUGAACCCAGACUCUCAUCCCAGGCUGGAGCCUUUCAGUCCGGGUCAAGUGUACAAUAGUAGUAAGGGAACUCAGGUCCAUGUCAUAGCUGCAGUAACUACGUAGCAGAUUUAAGAAUGCGCUUUUUUGGAAAUCGUAUCCGUGCCAAAUAAUGCCAGCAGGAAUGCAUUCAAUGGAUAACGUGACAUAAUAGCUAAAUUUAUUUAUUCAUAAAGUAUUUAUUGUAAUAAUAAGCUUUCGUAUAUUUUUCUGUAGGAUUGUACAGUGAAUGUCGUUAAAUGGUAAUUUAAUCAUAGUUGAAACAAUUUCAAAGAGAUAAAAAGCGGUUAAUUGUGUAGUGUUGAAGAUGUAUAGUGGUUUAAAGUCUAGUAACGCCCAAAAAUACACCAUCGAAGCUUGAUAGUUGUGUUCUAGAGAAGCUGUCCAAUUUUUUGUAAAAUAUGAUCCUCUAAAGUUCUUCAUUAUUCAUGUUAUGAAUUUUAUAAUAUUUUCUUUGAUGAACUUGCCAUUAGUCCAAUUCUGGGUUGAUUGAUGUAAAUUAACUAUAGAAUAAUAUAAAUAAUGCUGAAAAAUAACUUAGAUAAAAACUGUUUUGAACCAAAUGCACUGAUUAAAUAGUUGUGAGAAUUAAAUUAUAUUAAUUGAAAAUGUGAUUGAGACUCGAAAACUGAAUGAUCCAUUUAUUGUUAAUCAACAUAGGUAAAUGGGGGCUUUAUUCAUAAAUAAUUUGUGAAAAUGUAGAUUUCUCCAUGAAAGACAGACAUUGUUUAUUAUAAUAUUUGGAUCCUCAGUCUGAUAUCAUUUUAGAGCUCUAUAAAAUUUACUACUUAUAUUCAUAGAUAUGAAUUGACAAAAAUGAAUCAAUAAUUGAAAUUAUUGAAUUAUCUCAGUUGGGGGUACGGGAGGGUAUUUUCUGGAUUUCAGUUCAUCCUGCCUAUAAAGUUAGAUGAACAUAACCGAAGGUUCUGUUUAAUCAUGUUUCAGGCUAGGGUUAGACCAAACGAGUGAAUGUCUGUUUUGAACAAAGAUUAAUAGAAAAUCUGGUUGAAGCAAAUUUGAAAACUCUAAAGUGAUGAGAUCUAACAGUGGAUUCAUACAGUUUUGGAGACAAAAAUUAUCAUGAUCUCCAUCAUCUGAUAUGUCGGGUUGUCUCUUUGUGUUUUAUGCUCCAGAAUUCGUGCUUCAGUUCUUUGCUUGUUUGGUCUAACCAAUCCCUGAAGGUAAAACGGUAGGUUAGAGAGGUUGGGGGUUUGCUUUAAAUGGCAAUAUGUUGGUAUUAGUCAAAAUGUUUUCAUAAACACAACGUUAACCAAAUGGAUGAACUGAAAUACAAGAUGUAAUUGAUUGUCUCCUGAUUAUACUACUUAUAUAUUUCUUUGAUUUUUCAAAUUGCUCAAUUAGUGCGAUUAUUUUGAAUAAGUAGAUAUUUCCAUAAAACAUCACUAGAAGCAUUCCAAGUUACACUUUUCCAUUUUUUAUAAUUUUUUGUGCUAUGGCUACACUGUUAUCAGUCAACUCUCAGCUUCAAUCGUAUUCUAGUGUAGUAUCUCCUUGUUAAUUAUAAUCUCACGAAAAUUAUCAUUUUUCAACUGGAGAAUAAUAAUUGAAUCCUCUUGUCCGGAAUCAACCUCACCGGAUCUCAUUACAAGUGAUCUCUUUAUUAUCAGAGGACACUUCAUCAUAUUGAUUACGUUGGCAUUAAAAUUAGAAGUUUCAAACUUACUUUACUCCUUUCUCUAAUGACAGAGAAAUUGAUGAAAAUUGUGCAUUGCAAUAUAGUUUUGAUUUCCAAAUUUGAAGAUAAGUAUAGCUCAAUCUUAACUUUGAAAAAUUGAGUCAUGGUCAUUCUAAAAAUUGCUACAUUUUUUCUCAUUUUAUUAUGAAUUCGACUAAGUGCUAUAUUUCAGUUGGGCUGUGACUGUUCUCUCAUGUUAUUAGAAUUAUUUCUUUCUUUGAUAUUCCUAUGAUAAAUGAUUCACUUAUAUUAAAAUAUUGGAUAUUCUGUUCGCUUCUUCGCUAGGUUUUAAGUUUAAAAUAGAAUGUUAAGUCUUUAGAAAUAAAGAAGUACAGUACUAAAAUUA